AUGAAAGGCGCCGCGGCAUUGGAGCAACAGCAACAGUCCACAACAUCAACAGCGCAUUGGAGGGAGGGCACCACAUCCAUCGCAGGUUCGCUCGCUUCAAGGAAGGAGACGCGGGCUUCGAAAACAUGCCUCGGUCUGGACGCCCCUUCGCCGUCGACGACUCCGUCAUUGUCGACACCAUCAAAGAGGAUGCGGAAGUUAACACCACAAACUUGCUACAAGACUUGGGUUGCUCAAUGA